GUUAAUAAAAUAAUAAGUCGGAGCGAUGUCGGGUCGGUAAAGCUCCAAAAGAAGAUAAGUAUAAAAGGUCUUAACUUUGGCUUCGGCUUCUCCUCCAUGCUUACGUUUCUCUUCAUUUGCUUCUAUCAUUUUAUUUCAGAAUUUCUUUUGGGGAGUAUACAAAUUCAGUUAGGAAAGUGGACGCUGUUCUCUUAUAGGUUUUAAUAAUGCUUACAUGUGAUAUAGAUCCUGAUGUUGUUCGAUGGGGUCUCCAAGACCUACAAGUUUGUGUAUUCAGCCACUCUGGUGCCAGUGGAAGUGUUACUCAGUAUGAAAAAGACAGUAGCCAAACUGGGUAUAUUAGAGAGGGUUAUCAUGAACCUGAACUUGUAAAUGUAGAGAAUGAUGCGGUUAUUGCACAUGCGCUUCAAGAGGAACUUUCACGAGUUGCUGCUGCAGAGGCAUCCGGAUUUAACAAUCCUAACCAAGAUUCCAUUCUUACUCAAGAUUGGGUUGGCCUUACAGGAAGGCAACAUAGUCCUGAUAAUGAAGAUGACCAAAAAACCAUAGAUCAUAACCAGGGACACGGAAAUGAAGUUAAUCAGGGGAAGUGCGAUUUAGAUGAUUCUAUCCUAAGUAGAUGUGAACAAAGUGGCACCUCCAGCAUGGGUGACAAAAUUUCUCUUGGUGAAGAUAUGUUGCGUGUUGAUAUAAUAGAUCAGUCAUCUGAUCUUGAUGGUCAAGUAGAGAAGAGGUUGAAUGACAUGGUUGCUAUUCCUCAUGUACCUAAAAUUAAUGGAGUAAUACCAUCAGUUGAUGAAGAGACAUCUGAUCAUCAAAGGCUGCUUGAUAGGUUGCAGUUGUAUGGUCUGGUUGAGAAUAAGGUUCAAGGUGAUGGUAACUGUCAGUUUCGCUCUUUAUCAGAUCAACUUUACCGUUCUCAAGAUGACCACAAGUUUGUGAGGCAGCAAGUUGUUUACCAGCUUAAAUCGAAUUCAGAGAUGUAUGAGGGUUAUGUUCCAAUGGCUUAUGGCGACUAUUUGAAGAAAAUGAACAAGAAUGGUGAAUGGGGUGAUCACGUUACAUUGCAAGCAGCUGCAGAUUUGUAUGGCGUAAAGAUAUUUGUAUUAACAUCAUUCAAGGAUACAUGUUACAUUGAGAUCCUUCCACAUGAUCAAAAGUCUGAACGAAUUAUUUUCUUGAGUUUCUGGGCUGAGGUGCAUUACAAUUCAAUUUAUCCUGAAGAAGAACUGCCGAUGUUAGAGAGUAAGAAAAAGAAGAAAUGGUGGAUGCUUUGAAGCUAGGAGAACUGCUAAUCUGGGUGGCCAUAAAUUUAACCCUAAACCUCUUUUCAAAGGAUCCUUUUAUCUUUGGUCUCUUUCAAAGAGUUGGUUUCCCUUGGAGAAAGGUACCUCAAUUCUUUCCUUGUACAUGCAAUAUAAAUAUAUAUAUUUAUAAAUGACCUUUCCAGACUCAUUUAUUCCAUUAUUUUCUAAUUUUUCAAAUUGGUGAUAGGCUAGUAGUUUAAUAGCAUCCUGAUUGUAAGUUUGUCGUGAUUCUUUCUAUUUAUUCAUUUAUUUAUUUUUACUAGUAUUUGAAUUUGAGGAAUGUUAACGUAUUUUGGACUUGAACAUGAAAUGUUUAAUAUAAUGAAAAUUUUGUAAGUAA